AUGGCAGGAGCUGGUGAGAAGAAAGGCAGGAAGGAUGACAAUGGCAUUGGGACUGCCAUAGACUUUGUCUUAUCCAAUGCCCGUCUGGUUCUUGGAGUGGGAGGAGCAGCUGCGAUGCUGGGGAUAGCUACUCUUGCAGUGAAGCGAAUGUAUGAUCGUGCUAUCAGUGCUCCUGCCAGUCCUUCCCGUUCCAGUCAGUCUGGUAAAAGAAGCUGGGAAGAGCCAAGUUGGUUGGGCUCAUCUACACGACUGUUGAACCAAGACAUGAAGACGUCCAUGAGUCGCAGUUUGCAGACCCUACCAACAGACAAUUCAGUAUUUGAACCAGAAUCCUUUCGCCCUAAACCCCCUAAUCGCCGGUCCCAGUCGGAUCUGAAAAAAGUACGCUUAAAGCUUUCUCUUCAGGAGAAGCUAUUCAGCUAUUACAAGAAACAUGUUGCUAUUCAACCUGCAGAGCAGAGCUGUGCAAAGCAAGCUGCGAUAGACAUCUGUGCUGAACUGCGCAACUUUAUCCACAGCAAGUUUCCAGACAUGCCAUUGAAAGAAAUGCACCUUAGCGGAAGCCUGUAUGAUGAUCUGCAGGUGGUAAGAGCAGAUCACAUUCAGCUUAUCGUACCACUCUUAGUGGAAAAUAAUUUAUGGUCAUGUGUCCCUGGAGAAGAGACUAUCCUCAGCUUACCAGGGUUUUGCCUUUUGCGUAGAGAAAACGUUGAGUACUUUCCUCGUGGGACCAGUUACUGGGACCGUUGUGUUGUAGGGGGUUACCUAUGUCCAAAGAUGAUGGUAGCCACAUUUGAGAAAGUUGUAGCUGGUUCAAUCAACUGGCCAGCUAUCGGCAGCAUGUUGGGAUAUGUGAUUCGGCCAGUAGUGCCAUCUGAAAGCCUUAUUUUGGAAGUUCAGUAUGAGGAUGACAGGAAGCUCUUCAUAGACUUUUUGCCAUUAGUUGCACUCGGGGAGCACCUAGCAGUUGCUAAAUCUCAUAGACUGGAACGUUAUGGAAACAUGUGGCGAUUAAGUCAACGUGGAGCAGAAACCGCUGCAUUAAUAGGACGAGAUCAACAGGAUUCAGGAUGUCGGUGCCUCUGCCUAAAAAUAUUAAAGGCCAUCUGUCGAUACAAUCUGCCUCUGUCCCAUCUCACAGCUUCCCACCUCACCAACAUACUCUUACAUAUUUGUGAAAAGGAGGACGACUGGUCACAGGGCUCUUUAGCAGAUCGAUUCCUUCAAGCACUCCGAGAGACCGUUUGCUACUUAGAAAAAGGAGAGUUACCUUCAGCCUUGGACCCCAAAGUGAACUUAUUUUCAGAACUCACACCAGAAGAGGUGGAUGAGAUGGGCUAUUUUCUCUAUUGCUCCUUAUCAGAGCCAGAGGUGCUGCUGAGGACAGGAGAAUGA